AAGAAUUUAAGAGAUGUCGUGUUUGUUUUAUUGGAAAUGACAGUUAUGUGAAAUUGCCACUCAGAAAAUAAGACAGCUUCAGAAUGAGUACAGCAACUGAAGGUGACAAAACGAAGAGGGCAAACAAAGCCCUCACUGUGGAACAGAUUCAGGAGGACAACAUCACACAGCUGGCAAGUCAGCAUUGGUCGAAGCAAGCUCUAGAAAAUGGUGUUCCAUUUAAAACAGAGAUUGUUGAAAAAGUUUUUCAAGAAGAAUUGCUGGCAUCUAAAUUCUCAACAAAAAGAACAAUGCUGUUGGAAUUCAGUCAGUACCUUGAAAAUUACCUAUGGCCCAACUUCUCAAAGGAAAAGGGCCAUGCACACACAAUGUCUAUCAUAUUGAUGGUGAAUGAAAAAUUUAGAGAAAGGGUACCACCAUGGGAGUGUUUCAAACAGCACCCUGAGAAGUUUAGUGAUUUCAUGCUUAAUACACUGGAAACCUGUCUAGACCAGCGCACAUCACUUCGAGAACUCUCUGUUUCACUUGUCUUUCUCAUCCACUGUUUCAACAGCCUGGAGGUGGAUCUCAUUAGGGAACAAGUUCAGAAGCUGGUCUCUCUACCAAUCUGGAGCAAUAUUUUACAGGGGAAGAGAGAUGAAAUUUUCAAAAACAACCCAAAAUACAGAAAGUUUUUUAACUUAAUCAAGAAGAAUGAUGCCAAGCUAUCAGAGGAGCAGAUGAAAAGAGCGACCUUUGAAAGAGGUUUUCUGUACAAGAUGAUAAAGAAAUUUCUAGGCAUUCUGGACACUAUACCCCUCAAAGGAGAUGUAGCAGGAACAAAGAUAAAUUUCUGCGAGAGAUUCCUAGAGCUGAUGAUUGACAUUGAGGCCCAGCUUCCCACCAGACGAUUCUUUAAUGUCCUUUUAGAAGACUGCCACCUUGUGGUAAAAUGCCAACUGUCCAAUCUCAGUAAGAGGUCAGAGGGCAAACUGUUUGGACAGCUGCUGGAAAUGCUGAAGAGUUACACAGAAUUUGAGAUUGAUGACAUCACAGGGGAGGCCCUAACACUGCAUAAUAGGAUUGACAUCCAUUAUGAUAGGGUGCUACAGUUGCAGAAAGUAGCUUUCAAGCAUUUUCCAGAGUUGAACAAAUUUGCCAUUGCCAAUGUUGCUAGUGUGGACACAAGAGCAGCCCUGUCAAAGUAUUUUAAAGCUCUCAGCAAUGUGGACCUCCAUAAAAUCCUGGCCCACAUCCACCAGUUGCCUGCAGUUGAGAAGGAUGAGGACUGUAUAUCUGACAUGGACUACCUAAUGGAACUUCUAAUCUCCAGACACGAGAGGCAGAAAUCACAGCAAGAGAGAGUGAAUGAAAUGCCCCUGUACCCCACAGAAAAGAUCAUCUGGGAUGAAAAUAUUGUUCCUGUGGAAUAUUUCUCUGGGGAAGGUUGUUUGGCCUUGCCCAAGCUCAAUCUACAGUUCCUGACACUUCAUGAUUACUUACUGAAAAAUUUUGAUUUGUUCAGGUUGGAAUCCACAUAUGAGAUCAGACAAGACAUAGAAGAUUCAGGAUCACAUCUCAAACCAUGGCAAUCAGAAGAUGGAAGCUGUCUGUUUGGGGGAUGGGCUCGAAUGGCACAGCUGAUUGUUGGCUUUAAUGUUGUAGAGGUGGCCAAACCAAGAGUUGGAGAAACUCACCCAGCACAAGUUCGAGCAGACGUAACUAUUAAUCUCAGUGUCAGACCGCAGAUCAAAAAGGAAUGGGAAGAUCUAAGGAAACAUGAUGUGGCUUUCCUGAUCACACUGAGACCCACUGUUCCAAUCCAUCACAAAUAUAACUUCAGGGAGCCCUUUAUUCCCCAGGUGGGGCUGACCUAUGUACGGGGCUGUGAGGUAGAGGGAAUGUUGGAUAUGGAGGGCAAGGUCAUUGAGGAGGGACCGGAACCAAAACCUUUUGUACCUGGUGAUAUUCGGACUUUCCGUGUGUGGCUGGAUCCUAAUCAGUACCAGCAGGACAUGACAAAAACUAUGGAUGGUGAAGAGGAUGUGUAUGAGACAUUUAAUGUGAUCAUGAGAAGAAAACCAAAGGAGAACAACUUUAAAGCUGUCCUGGAAACCAUUAGAGAUCUGAUGAACACUGAAUGUGUUGUACCGGACUGGUUACAUGAUCUCAUACUCGGUUAUGGGCAACCAGAUGCUGCUCAUUACUCAAAAAUGAGCAACACCAUUGAGACUCUGGAUUGGAAUGAUACAUUCCUGCAUAUCAAUCACCUGAAGGCCAGCUUCCCGGGGCAUGAAUUUGAAGUAACCACAGAUGAUGUCAGCAAACAGAUACCUCCAUUCAGAUUGACAUUUCCCAAGCAACAGGAGAACACAACAGGGAAGAGAAAAGCAGACGAGGAAGAACCGUCUGCUUCAAAGAAAAUCAUUGUGCAACCUCAUGUCAUCGAAAAUAGAGGCCCUUAUCCAUACAAUCAACCCAAAAAAAACCAGAUACCAUUCACUCCAACCCAGAUUGAGGCUGUGCGAUCAGGCAUGCAGCCAGGACUGACCAUGGUAGUGGGACCCCCGGGGACAGGAAAGACUGACGUAGCAGUGCAGAUCAUCUCAAAUAUCUACCAUAACUUCCCAGAGCAGCGUACACUGAUCGUUACCCAUUCUAAUCAGGCCUUGAACCAGCUGUUUGAGAAGAUCAUGGCUCUAGAUAUUGACGAGCGACAUCUUCUACGUUUGGGUCAUGGAGAGGAAGCUCUGGAAACCGAAAAAGAUUUCAGCAGAUAUGGUCGAGUGAAUUAUGUUCUGGCUCAGCGACUAGAACUUCUGGAGGAGGUAGCCAGGCUACAAAACAGUCUCGAUGUCAAGGGAGAUAUGUCUUACACAUGUGAAACGGCCAGCUACUUCUAUCUCUAUCAGGUGUUGGCCAGAUGGGAGGAGUAUCAGAGUAAACUCAGAAAUCAAAAAGAAAAGACUGUUGACAUUAUCAAAGAUGAGUUUCCAUUCACCAAGUAUUUUGAGAAUGCCCCUCAGCCUAUAUUUAAGGGAAAGUCUUAUGCUGAGGACAUAGAUAUGGCCGAGGGUUGCUUCAGGCACAUCAAGAAAAUCUUCACACAGCUAGAGGAGUUCCGAGCCUUUGAAUUGCUGAGGAGUGGGGCUGACAGAGCUGAGUACCUAUUGAUCAAAGAAGCCAAGAUUAUUGCCAUGACCUGUACCCAUGCUGCACUGAAGAGGAGAGAUCUGGUGUCCAUUGGUUUUAAGUUUGACAACAUUUUGAUGGAAGAGUCAGCACAAAUACUUGAAAUAGAAACUUUUAUUCCAUUAUUGCUUCAGAAUCCUGAAGACAACAACAAUAGAUUGAAAAGAUGGAUCAUGAUUGGAGACCAUCAUCAACUUCCACCUGUAAUCAAAAAUAUGGCUUUCCAAAAAUUCUGCAAUAUGGAGCAAUCUCUAUUCACUCGACUUGUCAGACUUGGAGUUCCCACCAUUGACUUAGAUGCUCAAGGUCGAGCAAGACCAGGGAUUGCAAGUCUGUACAACUGGAGAUACAAGAAGCUGGGAAGUUUGUCUCAUGUCAAAGUUAACCCUGAGUACAAAAUGGCCAACCCUGGUUUUGUGUUUGAAUAUCAGCUGAUUGAUGUCCAGGACUUUAAUGGUGUAGGAGAAUCGGAGCCCAAUCCCUUCUUCUAUCAGAACUUGGCAGAAGCUGAGUACGUGGUGGCGACAUUCAUGUACAUGAGACUUCUGGGAUAUCCCGCAGAAAAAAUCUCCAUCUUGACAACGUAUAAUGGACAGAAACACCUGAUUAGGGACGUUAUCAAACAAAGAUGUGGCCGAAAUCAGUUUAUAGGUACCCCACACAAGGUUACCACAGUAGAUCGAUAUCAGGGUCAACAGAACGAUUACAUACUUCUCUCCCUUGUCAGAACUAAAACAGUCGGUCAUCUACGAGAUGUACGAAGACUUGUGGUGGCCAUGUCUAGGGCUCGGCUAGGUCUCUAUGUGUUUGCCAGAGUCUCAUUAUUCAGCAAUUGUUUUGAGUUAACUCCUACAUUUAACAAGUUGAUGACCAGACCGUUACAGCUCCAUAUUCUUCCAUCAGAAGUGUAUCCUCCAUCAAGGAAGAUGCAUGAACAAAUCAGGGGUGAAGCAAUGGUCAUGAAAAACAUGCCACACAUGGCUCAGUUUGUGUUUGAUUUCUACAACCAGAAAAUCAACAGACUAAUGUCUCAGUCAGAGGGAGGCAGGCAACAAAAGGAUGAGCCCCUAGAGGAACCUCCUAGAAGUGAGCAACCAAUGGAGACGCAGGAAAAUCCAACAAAGAUGGAGGAAGAUAAGCCAAGUUAAUGUGGACUUUAAAUCCAUUUAUCAUUUGUAAAUAGUCACUGGAAUCCAUUUAUUUUUUAUGGACUAGAGAGUGUACUGUUCUAUGUUUUUAUUGAUCAGUUGAUGAUUAGAUACAGUAAAAACAAUAAAGGACACAUCUGCUGUA